GUCCGCGUUUCUUAAAUAUCAGUACAAAUCAAAACUAUGGAAGAGACAGAUUGGACUGUAAUUUGUCGACUGGAUCCGUGUUCGAAUAGCCAUAUUAUAAGUAACGUGAAAUUUUCACGAUUGCAUCAGCGUUGACAUUUUGGUUUCCUAAUUUUUCUCUUCGCUUCUGGAUGUUUAAUAUUGCAUUCGCUUCUUCAACCGUCAGUUGGCUUCCUCACCGUUCUUUAAUGCCAUAUUGGACAGAUAGUUUACAACUAAAUACCAUACUUCAGAUGAUAGCUUACUGUAUAGCUUGAGGAAUCAUUCUUUGUGUUAUAUGCAAUUGUUUGGACUGCCUACAAAGCUGAGGUUAUUUAUGCAAUUUUCAGUCUGAAUAAUUUCAAUUUUCUGAAAACUUUACUUUCUUCUUCUGUACAUUGUUAAAUAUGCAAAAGAGGAAAGCAAUUGACAAUGUGAGUGCCUCUACAGCGAUUGAAUUGAAGGCAGAAGUAGCCCAGCACCUAGAACAAUUUGAAAAGCUACGAGCGACUCAAGGAAAACAAACUACGGCAAAAAGGCCAGACAAAAAACCGACAGUUUGGUCAAGGCAAAACAAAGGCGUUCAAGAAAGAAAUCAAAGAGAUGAAAAACACCAUUUAGAAGCUAUUGAGUCGAAUACUUUAGCAAAGAGUCGAGAACAGCUAGAAAGAAAGGCAAAGAUAUACGAAGCAAUGCAAAGGGGAGAAUAUGAAUUUGAUAUCGAUUCUGUUGACGAGGAUGAAAUGCCACUUAUUGAUUUCGACAAGAAAUAUUUACAAGAGCGUGAACUGGAAGAAAAAAGGAACAGCAAAAAACGUCGAAUUGAGGAAGAAGAAGACAAUGAUCCAUGGAUCGAGUAUGUCGAUGAAUUUGGGCGUACUCGAAUUGUGCGUCGUAGUGAAGUGCCCGAUCUAAAGCAGGAAGAGAUAGAAGACGAAGGAACAGAUGAGGAUGAUUAUGAUUCGGAAGAAGAGAGAAAGAAGCAUAUUUCCCAAGAACGGAUUAGAGCAGCAGAAAGGACGGAUAUGAACCAUUACGAAGCAGAUCGAGAAAUAAGAACGAAAGGUGUAGGUUUCUAUCAAUUUGCUAAAGAUGAGGAAGAACGUCAACGACAGUUAGAUAAAUUAAACAAACUAAGAGCUGAAACAGAGAAUGCUCGACAAUCAGCCGCCAGUGCUGCAUCAAAACGGAAACAAAUGCUGGCAAAAAAUGCAGACAAGAUCAGGGCAAGAAAAGCUGUACUGCAAGCCAAGAAAAACCAAAAAUUAAAAUCAGAUACUAAUAGCAAUGCCAUCGAGACAGCAGCAGUGAACAUUACAGAAGAUAGCGUUAAUAGUUUCUUAACAUCUCUGCGGAAACAAAUGGAAUAAAAACUACUAUUUAAUAUAUGGAUAUUUUUAAUUCAAAUGAUUAGAAUACACUUUUAAUAGUGUCCGACGCGCAUUAAACAUAUUGUUUUCAUAUUCUUCUUCCAAUACAUAAAU